GCAAAGGGUUCGCUCUCCAGGCAAAAGGGUCGGUUUUCUAGGAAAGGAGCCCGUCCUCUGGGCAGACUUCUACGGCUACGACUUGCGGUAUCAUCGCCUCAUACACAUUCAAAUGCGAUGUCGUCAACACCUCCACCAUCCCUUGCAACAACAACUUUCUCGACAUCAGCCACGAGGACGUGGACGCCCGAUCAAGGUAUCUCGAGCACCUUGCAAUGAGCCGAGAGAGCACCGGCAUGGAUGACAUGCCGACCAGGGCCACAAGCGGGUGAAGAGGGCCAACAACGACGACGAGGACGUCGCCACCUGGCCGGAUCCACCAGAAAUUUUGCAUGAGAGACUGAUCUUCCUAGAUCCUUCGGUUGCUCCGUUUACGCUGAACUACGGCAAACACUGUCGCAGCUCCUGCACCAUGCACGAGGUAGCGGCCAAGUCCUGCGGCCUCGCCGUUGACGCGCUGCGGACCUACAUUACCGUUCCGCCAGAGCUCUGCAAUAUCGUGGGCACCUGGGCCGUGCGCAUGGAACGCUCCGGCCGACCCGACGCCGACGUGCUCGACGAAUCCACUUUUCUUCUGGACAUCGGAGACAGGUUCCUCCGCGCAUCCCACUGGCGAGCUGCUCUCCUCGGCCCAGUCCACCGUCAGGUUCAGCCAGUUCAAUGUACGACAACAUCAGAAUUUGGAGAUGCGUCUCUCCGUGGGCACGCAUCAUCUUGAACGGGAUCACUGCCUGGGCACCCAAUUGUUCAUGGCCCUGGUCGCGGCCAGCGACCACAGCUCGACGUUGCUGUAGAUCAACGGCCCCCUCGAGGACUUCAGGACGCAGAGUCAUCCAGGCUGGUAACAGGAUACAGCGGCUGCCAAUGAACAUGCCCUGCGGUUGACGACGGCCAUGGUGAGCUCAACGAGUCUAGCCGUGAAUGCAAGUUUACGGCCACGUUCUCCAGAAGCGCGUACGCUAACCACUUCCUCAACCCGAUUCGUGGAGUCUUCUUGUAUAGGAACAACGCAGGCGUCACAUAUGCUGGGGAUGUUCUCAUGGGGAAAACGUUUCUCGGAUUCCUAGGUACGUGCAGAUGCCAGCUUCCUCGAAACAUGCGAGACUGAGAGCAUCCCCUCCCUUAUCUGCCAACAGAAAGCGAUCCAGCUUGUCGAGCAGGAGUCCUAAUGGCGACUCGAACAGGGUACCGAAGACCAUCUACGUGAAGCUGCAUUCCUUCGGGCUCGUGGAAUCCAGUCCGACCAUAUCGAUAGCGAGGCGCACAUGGGCGCAAUCGGCGCUCUCAUACUCAUUGCUCGUGGUGUACGUGACUUCGAUAGGUCCCUGCCGACAAGCAGCUCCAGCCCGAAUCUGACAACUCCCGCCGGCCCUGUACCUUGAGCAUGCUAGCUAGAUGCGGGACGCACCGUGACGCCAGGCAGAUCGGCCCGUGUGGACGAGAUCAAGAAUACCUGCAAGGCGUACAGCAGAGCAGGCACGGAACAUUGUGUUGAGCCCCCGCGCGCUGCGCCGGCACAGCAGGCGGCCUGCGCAGGCGAGGCCCAGCAGCGCAGCCCGCGAGUAUCGCAUGCUGGAUGCGGGAGGAGGAGGGCCACGAUGUGGGGGAGGAACUUGGCCGCAGAAGCCCGAGAUGGCU